CACAAUUUUUGCUCCCGUCUCCUCUUCUACAUAAUUAAUACCUACUGCAUCCAACUUUAUUCGAGCUCCCCCCAGUCGGCUGUGAACAAGCUCGCCCAGCUCAACAAACGCCUUUCCAACCGUGUAGCUCAUCGUGCAGAACGGACCUCCACACACCCCUGCCCUCUGCUCGUCUUUGGAGUUCGACGAUUAAUUACGACUCAGGCUCGCUCUAUUAGAACAUUAAAAGAGCGGUCUCGAGGGCCACACCAGACUUCGUCUACUCGCCCUUUCCCAGGUAAUUCACUACCUAUCCACCGAUGAAGCUUCCCAAAUCACGAGCGCCUGGUCCACCAUCACCACCACUCCCCUCCUCACCCUCUAAACGGAUACCCGGCGCAAUCAACCCCCAAAUGAACACAAUACCCAUGGGCGAAGCCGAAAAAUCACAUUCACCGAAAUCCCACCACAUAACCACACAGGACGAUGUCAAGGAUACUAUCGAGAGUGUCGGCCCGCCGACGUAUGGUAUGAGAAGCGACCCCGAGGCUCCUCUCCGCCCAUCGUUGCCGGAGAGCUGCCGCAUGGAUUCCCACGAGGACCUUAUCAUCUACGACCCAAAACCUACGCGACGAAAACCGAAACAUAGGCACCGGAUAAAACACGCGUGGGAAGGGCUAUUGAUCUAUCUGAAGUCAAGAACACGCAAGUUAUGGAAGCGUCCUAAGCGUUAUGCUUAUUCCGAUGGCGAGGACAAUCCAUUCGUUAAGACUAUUCAAGUCGCUUUCCUCAAUGCCGAUAGCAAUAAGGAAAAACACCGUUACGCCAUAGCCCUAUUUGAUACGGGCAAUCCCAAGAAUCUCAUCUCACCGGCAUUUGCAGCAAUAUUCGGCCUACAAUUCGAAGCACGGGAUGGGGAGGUCAUUGUCGAGAGCUUUGGCGGGGGGCAGUACAUUUCGAUAGCAAAAAUUCAUGGAAGGUUUGCAUGCAGAGGGAACACUUCCGGCAGUCCGCUCUUCUUCCACCCGAAGUUCAUGGAUGCG